GCGGGCAGUAUUCUCUACACGUUGAACGGCAAUGGCGGCGACAAAGAAGCCGAGUGGACGCCACCACACUCCUCCUCCCCACGUCUCCAGCGAAAUGUCCAGCUCCACCGACUGUGUCCGCGUGUUGCUGAAGCUGCUGGCAGACUUCGGGAGCGAGCUCAGAUUAGGCAACGACACUUUGAGAAUAGACGUCGUCAACACCGAAGCUGUGGAUCGUCCGUCGUCAGCUGCUCGUGUUUACAGCUGUUUGCAGGAGCACAUCACAAAGCUACAGGCAGUUUCAGAAAGCUUAAAGACUCUUGUGGAAGCUGACAGCGAACGAUCGUCUACGAGACACAACCCUCCCAAUGAUGCGGUCACCUCAUCUUCCCUGGAGGAGCAGGCGACUCUGCUGUCGCAGCACCAUCCCCCCAGCUCCGAGGCUACGGAGGGCGAGGCGGCGGCUGAUGACGUCAUGGUUCAGAUCAGAGCCAGGAAGUCGGAGAUUGAGCGAAGAAUAUCUGCAUUUAUGGAGCGCAAGCAGAUGGAGAUCAAUGAAAACAAUGUGCGCGAGUUCUGCAACGUGAUCAACUGCAAUCAGGAAAACAGCUGUGCCAGAACAGAUGCAGUGUUCACUCCGUAUCCAGGUUUUAAAAGUCACGUGAAAGUCACACGGGUGGUGAACACUUACGGGCCCCAGACACGUGGUGCGGUGGGCCAAGCAGAGGUCGGGGAGCCGCAGAGGGGACAAAUGUCAAGGCACUGUGGAAACGCAGCCAUAGAGGAACGUCUUCACAACAUCGAGACUCACCUGAAGCUCCCAACAGCGGGCCCAGUCCCCUUGAACGUCUACCACAGACUGAAGACGCUGGAGGACCGUAUCCUGGAGUUGGAAGGUCUCUCGCCCGAGUACUUCCAGUCCACAAGUCACCUGCACAAACGACCAAAGACGUCCCCCGCUCAGGGCUGCAGCCUCACGGAGUUGGAUGAGAAGAUCAAUGCAGUGAAAGCUGCGCUGCUGAAAAGGGUGAAUGAAUUUGGGCCUGGAUAUGAAACAGAGUGUCCGCUGUAACGAACACGGAUCAAUCCUCCGAAAACAAAAAACACAAGUUUCCUCUUAAUUCCUUUUCUAAUGUUCACCGACUCGUGAGGACCGUUCUGUCCAUCAGACAUCUUCCAAUAUCAGAAUAGUUAUUCCUCGAUAAUAGUUAAGUGAAAUAAUGGCUCUGUAAAUAAAGUUCUUUUUUUUCCCCUCUA